AGCUCGCGUUUCGGUUGCUCAACAACAACAAAGCUGGAGAAUCUCACGCAGCCAAAAUGAGGAUUGUCAGUAAUGGUGUUCAGCCUUACAUUGUUCAAACCGGAGUCGACACUGAUGGAGAGACUCAGGAAGAAGUUACAACUUUUAGAAUGAAACUGGACGUUUCUGAAUGGUUAGUGGAUAAAUUUAUGUAGUUGCUGUGGAGUUGAUUCAACUCAUCCACUAGCAUGUGCCGUCAUGUUAAUCUUUUGUGCAAAUCCAGCGUUGAAUUGACCCUCGUUUGUGAAGCAGUCCGGUGUAAAAUGACGGCAUGACAACAACACUCUACUACAACAACUCUUCCUCUUCUCUAAAGCAGCCCAACAUGGCCUCGCCACCUUUGUUGCGUGUUCUCGGGGGCGGGGUUUAUGUAAAUUUUGGGGUUUGUGAUGUCACCAACCCGGGAAGAAGCUUGUUGUAGUCCCUACCAGCUGUUUGUUGUAGUCCUUAAACAGAAAAAAAUCUCCCUUUGCAUUGAACUUUGAGCGUCAUAACUUUGAUGUUGUUUAUGCUCAAACGGCAACAUUACACACUAACUAAAGUUAAAAAAGUUAAAUCGUAAUUAACCACCCCUUUAAUCAAAGACAAUCAGGAACAUAAACAAAGGUAGAUCUCUUUUCUAGAUAUCUUAAUAGUGAAAUCAGUAGUUUUGUCAUUUCAGUUUCUGUGAGAGUGCAUGAAUGUGGAGCAUGUUUGCUCUGAACAGGUUUUUUCGAAGUGAAGAAUGCUGGUAUAUUCUCAUUUAUACACAAACACACCCACCUGUCAGCAGUCAUAAGUAGCCGAGCUCUCAGAAACCAGCGUCUGUCUACCUGUCCUCCCUCUGCGACACAUCUCCCCAUCUCUCCAUCUGUCUGGCCAUGAGCGCUACAAAUAAUGACUUCAGCAGCCGCUCAGUGGGCUCAAACCCCCGUGCACAAAAACCCCGUCAGGGAAACUCGUAUUUUGGCUUUGAGAACGUGUCAGAGGUUGGGGACCCCAUCAAGCCUGUGUCCGUUAACACGAGCCUUCUGAUCCCCGUGGAUCUUCAGCUGGACCCCGACCUGCAGGCUGUGCGGAUCCAGGAGAAAGAACAGAUCAAAACUCUCAACAACCGCUUCGCCUCCUUCAUCGACAAGGUUCGUAAACUGGAGCAGGAGAACAAGGUUUUGGAGACUAAAUGGGAGCUGCUACAGAAAGAGUCUAAACCUGAGUCUAAACUGGAGCCCAUGCUGAAGUCUUACAUCAGUUCCCUGCAGGCAAGGCUGGAGCGGGUGAAGAAAGACAGAGAACACCUGGACACCGAGCUCAGGAAUGUCUACGCACAGGUUGAGGAACAAAAACAAAGUUAUGAAGAUGAGAUUAACAACAGAAACACAGCUGAAAAUGACUUUGUUCUUCUGAAGAAGGAUGUGGACUCAACAUACUUGCGUAAAAAUGCACUGGAAGAUGAAUUAGCAGCAGUUCUGGAUGAAUUGAACUUUUUCAAGUGCUACUAUGAACAGGAGCUGCAUGAGAUGCAGGCUGAUGUGAAGGACACGUCUGUGGUAGUGCAGAUGGACAAUAGUAGGCAGCUGAACAUGGAGAAGAUCAUCGCUAAUGUGAAGAGCCAGUAUGAGGAGAUUUCAGCAUGCAGCCGAAAGGAAGCCGAGGCCUGGUAUAAGAACAAGUUUGACACGAUCUCAUCGCAGGCUGACCAGUGCAACAAUGAGCUGAAAAACAAUACAAGUGCAAUAGCUGAUUUGAAAAAGCAGAUAAUACGACUGCAGAAUGACAUAGGCUCAGUUAAAUCACAGCGAAAGAGCAUGGAGGAGCAAAUCAAAGAGGCGGAGCAUUGUGGUGAGGAGGCGGUGCUUGACGCCAAAGUACAAAUCAAAUCACUGGAGGACGCACUGCAGAAAGCCAAACAGGAAAUGGCCAGACAUCUUCGUGAUUACCAGGAGCUGAUGAAUAUCAAACUGGCUCUGGAUAUUGAGAUCGCCACCUAUAAGAAACUACUGGAAGGAGAAGAGAACAGGCUUGGGCUGUAAUCCAACAUAAACAUCCAUCCAAUUCAUAAACCCUAAUGAACAGCAAGAAUCCAUCUGUCUACACAUUCACAUCACAUGUCAAUCAAACAAUCUCUGCUUGUCAUUGCUGAGUGAAGACUUCAAGAGUGAGCAAAUGACGAAAAGAAGAAAAUAAAUAAUAUUCACAUUUCCAUAGUUCAUUUUUUUCUUAAGUUGCUUUUCCCUUCCUUUAAACACAGAAAUAAAAUUAUUCUGUUAAAAUCA